UGCCGGACUGUGGAUUGCUUCCCUUCUGCUCACAGCCUAUGUGAGAGAUGAAAGCAAUAAACAUUUUAAGACCUCUGCUGUGGAUGUGGACGAGGAUGAAGAAGAUACCUUUCCGCUAAGACUUGAUGAAGAUGACGAUCUCACUUACGGAGAGACAGACACCCUCGUCGACGAGCCUCCUGACGUCCCUGUUUCUUCUUCUUCCUCUUCCUGUCAGUGCCGACAAGUACAGCUGGAGAUGAGGGAAGUCUACGGUGGGAAUUUGAAUCUCGUCAUUCCAUGGCUCAGUCUCACCACGCUAGAGCACCUGAGGAAGCACCAUCCUAAUUUCCCCGUCUCCAUCGCCACAGAAAUCACGAAGAAGAGAUGUCAUCUCAUGCCUCCGCCUCACGGAAUUCUUUGGAGUAACACGUACUAUCAAAAAGCCAUCAUGGGCAAAGGAGUAACGUACCAUCUUUAUUCUGCAAUCAUGGAUAACAGAGUCCACACAGACUUGAGACCCUGCGUCAGAAUACUGGCCCACACAACUGUCAAGAAUCCUCCAAAACCUUGGUGCUACUUUUGGUUCAAUGCCACCGGCCCUCCUGCCGUUUCCAGGGUUGCUAGAAUAGACUAUAUCAAUGUUAAGCCAAACACCGGGGACAGUCAAAAAGUGUUCUUCCUCAGCUGCCGCGUCCCUCGUGGAGACGCCCACAGGAAACCCAAAGCAGUUUCCGUUGUGGCUAAAUUGUGUGAAUCAGCGAAGACUUUGUUAGAGGUUGUUGGAGCCAUGGAAAGAAAUGAAACAACUGCUUAUGUUAAUGGGAAACCUCCUGCGGACAAGGGAAAGCUGCAGGGCUGGAAUGCAGCUGCGUGCGGCACUGCUCUUUUCUACUACCACGACGACUUUUCGAUUCGUCUUGUCGAGUGGAUCGAGAUCCUUCGAGCGAUGGGAUUCGCCAGAGUCUUCCUCCACGAGACGGACGUUCACCCCAACAUUACCAAGGUCCUGUCGCACUACGAAGACGAAGGUUUCGUCCAGGUCACCAAAUACAGUUACCCUGAGCCUUAUGUCAAUGAACCCAGCACUCGCAGAUUGUGGUACCUGCUGGAGAAGCCCAAAGUCUAUUUGAUGGGAGCCAUGUACUACACCGACUGCCUCGUCCGCCACAUGCACGAGUACAGGUUCAUCGGUCAUCUUGACCCCGACGAAAUUCCGAUGCUGCUUCGUCAUGAUUCGUACCCGUCAUGGAUGGACGAUGUAUUCACCAGAGCGCAUAAGAAGACCAAGGCCGAAGGAAAAGCAGCCCCCUCAGCCUACAGUCUGGAGUGGAAGUUCCACCCGGGAGACCUUCCGCCAUCUGAGAAGAAUCGGGACUUGCCCGGUUACCUCUGGGCGCUGAGGCAUUCCUUCGUACCGACUAAAUUCGUGCCUGGGCUGACCAACCAGAAGUGUCUCUACGACAUGGACUUUGUUACGGGUGUCAUGUCGCACAAACCAACGGUGUGUGGGUCAGGCAAAUGUCGUGGUGCUGUGUACAAGGUUCCUACGUCCGCCGGUUACUUGGCUCAUUUCAAGAAUCGCUGCGGAAAGCACUGUGGCCAACCUGGUUCGACUAAGGAGGUUCCCGCUCUGCUCAAGUACAGACAGUCCGUCGAAGAUGCCGUCUCCCGCACUCUUCAGAAGUUGCAGCUAAUUUGAAAUGACUGCAGACUCAGGCAACAAUUGAGUUACUUGGCUAUCUUUAUUGCUCAUGCACUUUAUGUGCUUUGUUCUUCAUUCGUUAUUCUGUAAUUUAAAAGAUAAGCAAAAGGGUUUAGUUGGCAAUGUUCAAUAAAUAUAAAAAAAGAGAAAAGGUUGACUUCUCAAAAAAAUGAUGGAAAUCAGUUUCUCCAUGUAUAGUGUAUAUGUGUGUGUGUGUGUGUUUAUUUAUUUGUUGAUAAGGAGUAUCUU